AAGUACUCAUAAGUAAGACUGGUCAUGUAACUAAACCCGUGUUGUUACUCUUUUCCCUCACCUUGCAGAUGAAGAGAAAGUUGGACCAUGGCUCCGAGGUCCGUUCUUUCUCUCUGGGAAAGAAACCCUGCAAAGUAUCAGAAUACACAAGUACUACGGGGCUGGUGCCAUGCUCUGCCACACCUACUACUUUUGGGGACCUGAGGGCAGCCAAUGGCCAGGGACAGCAGCGUCGCCGCAUUACAUCUGUGCAGCCACCGACGGGCCUUCAGGAAUGGCUGAAAAUGUUUCAGAGCUGGAGUGGACCAGAGAAAUUACUUGCUUUAGAUGAACUGAUUGAUAGUUGUGAACCAACACAAGUAAAACACAUGAUGCAAGUGAUAGAGCCCCAGUUUCAAAGAGACUUCAUUUCCUUGCUCCCAAAAGAGCUGGCACUGUAUGUGCUGUCAUUCCUGGAACCCAGGGACCUUCUGCAGGCAGCCCAGACAUGCCGUUACUGGAGAAUUCUGGCUGAAGAUAAUCUUCUCUGGAGAGAGAAAUGUAAAGAGGAAGGGAUUGAUGAACCAUUACAUAUCAAGAGGAGGAAAGUAAUAAAACCAGGCUUUAUACACAGUCCGUGGAAAAGCGCCUACAUCAGACAGCACAGGAUUGAUACCAACUGGCGGCGAGGAGAACUUAAAUCGCCUAAGGUGCUCAAAGGCCACGAUGACCACGUGAUCACCUGCCUUCAGUUCUGCGGGAACCGAAUAGUGAGUGGCUCUGAUGACAACACGCUGAAAGUGUGGUCAGCGGUUACAGGCAAGUGUUUGAGAACACUGGUUGGGCACACAGGUGGAGUCUGGUCAUCUCAGAUGAGGGACAAUAUCAUCAUCAGUGGAUCGACAGACCGGACAUUGAAAGUCUGGAACGCUGAGACUGGAGAAUGCAUACACACCUUGUACGGACACACCUCCACUGUGCGUUGCAUGCAUCUCCAUGAGAAAAGAGUGGUCAGUGGUUCUCGAGAUGCUACACUGAGAGUUUGGGACAUAGAGACGGGCCAGUGUUUACAUGUUCUGAUGGGCCACGUAGCUGCAGUUCGGUGCGUUCAAUAUGAUGGCAGAAGGGUUGUAAGUGGCGCAUAUGAUUUUAUGGUCAAAGUGUGGGAUCCAGAGACAGAGACCUGUCUGCACACUCUGCAAGGGCAUACUAACAGAGUCUACUCAUUACAGUUUGAUGGUAUCCAUGUGGUGAGUGGAUCUCUUGACACUUCCAUCCGAGUUUGGGAUGUGGAGACGGGCAACUGCAUUCACACGCUAACAGGCCACCAGUCUCUCACAAGUGGAAUGGAACUCAAGGACAAUAUACUCGUGUCUGGGAAUGCAGAUUCUACAGUCAAAAUCUGGGACAUUAAAACAGGACAAUGUUUACAGACAUUGCAAGGUCCCAACAAGCAUCAGAGUGCUGUGACCUGUUUACAGUUCAACAAGAACUUUGUAAUUACCAGCUCAGAUGAUGGGACUGUAAAACUUUGGGACUUGAAAACGGGUGAAUUUAUCCGAAAUCUAGUCACAUUGGAGAGCGGGGGAAGUGGAGGCGUCGUGUGGCGGAUCAGAGCUUCUAACACAAAGCUGGUGUGCGCGGUUGGGAGCCGCAAUGGGACUGAGGAAACAAAGCUGCUGGUGUUGGACUUUGACGUGGAUAUGAAGUGAAGGGCAGAAAGAUGAAUUUGUCCAAACGUGUAGACGAUGUUCUCCUUUCCCUCCCCCUGAAAAAAAAAAAAGAAAAAGGAAAAAAAAAGAAAAAGGAAAAAAAAUCCCUUGUCCUUGGUGGUGCAGGAUGUUGGCUUGGGGCAACAGAUCCUAAAGACCUACAGACUACGAAGGAGAAGACAAAGAUGACAAACAGUAACUGACAAGACAGGCAUUUGCUGUCUUGUCACAUAAAAAGGCUACACUUUUGACCGGGGCAGCUUUGCAAAAAUACGACUCUUGAAAUGAAACCAGGUGCAAUUAUUUCUUUACUUUCCUCCAACUGCUCCUUGAGCAAUUUGGAGGUGAAAAAAAAAUUGUUACAGUUCUUGUUAACAGGUUAUUUUACCACAAAGAUGUUGAAAGAAGCUGCACAGGCGAGCCUGCUCGUGCACCCCUGGGCCACCCUGGGUCCCGGCAGCCCCUCCGAGCAACGCGCUGUCCCUUAGCCCCGCUCUGAGCAGGGGGUUGGACUGGAUGACCUCCAGAGGUCACUUCCAACCUCUACGAGCAGUCACUGGUUGACUUUCAAAAACUAGAGAGCAUCUGCAACGAAAAAAAACCAAACAAAAACAAAGAGUCCAUUCCUGGUGUGGAAAAGCUAAAAUAUUACUGUGAAUUGUUUUGUACAGUUUUAUCAGAGCUUUUUCUUUUUUUUCUUUUAUUCCUUUUUUUUUUUUGCCAACCAUUGCCAAUGUCAAUCACAGUAUUAGCCUCUGUUUAAUCUAUUUACUGUUGCUUCCAUCUACACUCUUCAACGCAUAAGUUGCUCUGAGGUGGCAAGUUGUCCUGGGUUUUGAGAGUCCUCUGAUGGAUUUAAUUCGCAAUGCUGGUGCUAGAAGUAGGUCUUCAAUUACGGGAUUGUUGUCCCACCCCUGUACUGUAUUCCCAGUGGCCAAACUUAUUUAUGCUGCUAAAUGAAAGAAAGAAAAGCAAAUUAUUUUUUUUUAUUUUUUUUUCUGCUGUGACGUUUUAGUCCCAGACUGAAUUCCAAAUUUGCUCUAGUUUGGUUACAGAAAAAGACUUUUUGCCACUGAAACUUGAGCCAACUGUGCCUCUAAGAGGCUGAGAGUGGAAAAGUUUCAGACAAUUAAGAGUGAAGUUUGCCUGCAAAUAAAGAAUUGAGUGUGUGUGCAAAGCUUAUUUUCUUUUUUCUGGGCAAAAAUUAAAACACAUUCCUUAGAACAAAGCUAUUGCAGCCUGUUCUGUGGGGAAAUUUUUCUUUGUGAGGGCUGUGGUGAAUGGAAUGAACAUACGUUAAAAAAAAACUGACAAAAUUUUUUAAAAAUAUUAUAAAAUACAAAAAUGAAAAUAAAGUUGCUGGUCAGUCUUAGUGUUUUACAGUAUUUGAGAAAAAAAACAACUGUUACAGUUAUUGCUGGGAGGAACUGACAGAGCAAAAACUUAAUGUUUUUGUAAAGAUGUCACGUGCAAACAAAAUGAGAAAUGGAAAGAGUCAAAUGGUUUGCCUCAUUCUCCAAGAGCCACAACUCAAGCUGAACUGUGAAAGUGGUUUAACACUGUAUCCUAGGCGAUCUUUUUUCCUCCUUUUUUUUUGUUUUUGUUUUAUUUAUAGUCUGAUUUAAAACAAUCAGAUUCCAGUUGGUUAAUUUUAGUUAUGUAACAACCUGACAUGAUGGAGGAAAACAACCUUUAAAGGGAUUGUGUCUAUGGUUUGAUUCACUUAGAAAUUUUAUUUUCUUAUAACUUAAGUGCAAUAAAAUGUGUUUUUUCAUGUUA